GCAGCGUCCCGUUACCAUUACCGACACCCCCCUCUGUGUAUCGGCUCCUUUUUGACCGCCAGCUGAGCCGACUGGUUGCCUGGACAGCUUCAACAAAUAUGAGCCGUCUGUUGACAAGGCCGUCGUAUUCGACGGCGAUUUCCUUGGUCUUUGCACUCAUUCUGCUCGCCACAUGUCGCUGCGAAGAUGAAUGGACGUACGGAGAUGGUGUCGCCCAAUGGCCGAAUCUUGAUUUGGACGUGCAAAACCAGUGCGGCGGCUACUACCAAUCACCCAUCAACAUAGUGACGAGAAGGACAACCUACGACAAUCUCGACGUGGUCUAUUACGAUGGGUACCUCGAUCCAUUGCAAAGUAUAUCCAUUGUCAACAAUGGCCACACGGUGAAAGUAUCGUCUAGCAAAGCCAAUAAUGUUGGUAUCAGCGGUGAGGGCCUGAACGGAUGGUACAGGUUCGACCAAUUACAUUUCCACUGGGGAAGUAAUUCCAGCCUUGGCUCGGAACACCGCAUCGAUGGCUACACUUAUCCUAUGGAGAUGCACCUCGUACACAUGAACACGAAGUACAGCACGGGUGAAGAGGCCCUCAAGCAUUGGGACGGUGUUGCUGUGGUUGCAGUGUUUUUCCAGGUCAGCUCGAGCGACAACUCAGCGCUAAGCGCUAUCGUGGGUGCUCUGCGACAGAUGCGCGACCAGAGCAUCACGCGACUGAACCUCACUUCCAUUCCGCCGCUGCGACAACUGAUGCCCUGGAAUCCGCCUUACUUCCGCUACCAGGGAUCGCUCACGACACCACCGUGCUCCGAGGCGGUCACCUGGACUGUGAUUGCGCAGUCGAGCAAAAUCAGCGAAGCGCAGCUGCAAGCCUUCCGCAACCUGCUAGUGUACCACGGCAACGGAAGCAGCCCUGAGCCCCUCGUCAACAAUUUCGACCCCAGCACCAAAAGGCUCCUGUUCUUGGAAACGUCAGCCCAGGUUAGAGAGCCAGCGACGUGGUCGUGGUCCCAGUACCGCUGCAUCGCCAACAACUCGUGCGGCGGCAAGCAGCAGUCGCCCGUGAACAUCGAGACGUUCGGCGUGUUGCACGACAUCUCCCUGAAGGCGCUCCACUUCGAGGGCCACGACGUGCCCUUCGAAAACUUCACGGUGACCAACGACGGCCUUUCUCUGACCCUCAGGCCAUCGCCGCUGGACACAGCGAGCAGGACGGUGCGGGGCGGUCGGCUGCCAGGCACGUUCGUGUUCCAGCACGCGCUCUUCCACUGGGGAUCCGGCUCAGGCCAGGGCUCCGAACACCGUAUCGACGGUGUCGCCUACCCCAUGGAGAUGCAAAUGGUUUAUACUAACAAGAAAUACAGCGCCGAAGUUGCAGCAAAUGAAAAGGACGGAGUUGCCAUUAUUGCAACGCUGUACAGGGCUACGUUCGUGGACUUCGACUCGGUGAAGGCAAUGCGCACCGUCGUGGCCGCGGUGAACUCCAGCGCACCGAGGAGACGUCGCCGUCGACGUCGUCUUCUUCCUUGGAUGGCUCGUCGCCUGGGCGUCGGCCGUCACGGCGCGUCCGGAGACGAGAGCGCGACUCGGCUCACGCUGGACAGCCUGAUGCCGUCCGUGGGCCGGGCCGAGUACUUCACGUACCGCGGCUCGCUCACCGCGCCUCCGUGCACCGAAUCCGUGCGCUGGACAGUCUUCAACAGACCGGCGUUCAUCUCCGAGACGGUGUGGGAGGGCUCCCUAGUACAGCAACCCUCUGGCCUCGCCUGGCCUCUUGGCCCUGGCGACGAGUGGCCGCUGGUCCUCCAGGCCCUCGAGGGCAAGCGUCACCUCCCACGUUUCGGUUUGGUGGUCAUCAUUCUCAGUCGUAACCGGGUGCAUACUGCAGCUUGCAUGCCACUGACAUUCAAUGAGAAAGUGUUAUCGGUAGUGACUCUCUCUCUCUUUUUUUCUCUGCAACAGCUUCAGAAAUUCCGCAGCCUCAAAGAUUACACGGGCACCAAGCCUCUCGUGGACAAUUUCAGGCCGCCGCAGAAGCUCAACGGUCGCAGGAUAAUCUCAUCUUUCCCGCCUUUUUGA